AUUAAGAAUAUUUAUGUAGUUUCAUGAAAAAAUUACACAGUUUGCAUGAGUUCGUUGUGAAAACAAAAUUCAAGCUGCAUUUUAGAUUCUGGUCUAAAUUUUAAAUGUGCAACCAGAGUAUCAGUCAUGGUGAAUUUCAUGCAUAUUGUAAUGCUAUUAUGAAUACCAUGCUGCUGUGCUAGUGAUUAAACACAUAUCUUGAAUAAAGAAAGCUCUUUAAAGUCACCUUUUUGACAUGUCUGAACAUUGCAGACUACAUAAUUUUGUAGCAUUACUGUAAGACAUUCAACUCACUACAAGAAAGAAAUUGAAGUUCUGGAGCACAUCCAAAAAAGAGCAAGGGAGCUGGUGAAGAGCACAACUCCUGUGAGGAGCGGCUGAGGGAGCUGGGAGUGUUCAGCCUGGAGAAAAGGAAAUUGAGGGGAGACCUUAACACUCUCUACAACUUUGAGUUAGUCACUUCUCCAAAGAAACAAGGAGAAGAAGAAACAACCUCAAGCUGGAACAAUAUUGCAUCUAACAGAUGGUUAGAUGCAAUAUUGGGAACUGAGGUGGUGUCAGGCUGUCCAGGGAAGUGGCUGAGUCACCAUCCCUGGAGGUGUUCAAAAGAUGUGUGGGCAGGGUGCUUAGGGGCAUGGUUUAUUGGUGGACUUGGCGGUGUUAAAGUAACAUUUGGACUUGGUGAUCUUCAAGGUUUUAUCCAACCUAAUGAUUCUAUGAUUCUAUUACAUAAUAAACUCCUGUCUCCCACCAUCAUUCUUCAUGCAACAUUCCCAUCAGCUGUGAUGGAGUUCUGUGAUCAGAAAACUGCAGAAUACAUUGAAUAUAAAUAUAAUUCCAAAAAUAUUAGUCCACCUUAGAUGAUAAAGUUGUCUAUUGAGGCUUCUCUACUGAAAAGAAGAAUAUCCCAUACUUCAUUUUAAAAAAGCCACAUUUUCCAUAGUUUAACAAGAGACACAAAAUGAGGCAUUCAGAAAUGGGUUUAUACAAUGUUAGUGCAAAAUCUCCAGUUUAAAGUCAGAUUAAGAAAAAAACAAAAUAAACCACACAAAUAAACCCAAACACAUGGUUAUGAAAACAUCUUUGUCAGUUGUUCCAUCCAUUGUAAGUCACGUAAUCAUAAUUGCAGCAGUUUUUUUCUUAAAAAUAAAGCAGUCAAGAUUCAUCUAUUCAAUAUUACAAAUCUUACUGUUUGCAUUUAAAAGUUUGUCUAGAGAAUCUCAUUUACAGGAAUUCCAGGAACUACUGUAAGUACUCCUCCAAUUACCUUAGUCUUUUAGCAAAGGAAAAGAGUAAGGUGGAAAACAUACAACAAUAGCUAGGAGAUGUAUGGAUAAAAUCCUUUUGUGCAGCUCUCGGUGUAUGUGUUGACUCUGCUGGUGAAGAAAAAGAUAUGAGGGCUUUACUUUGGGGGGGAUAAUGGUGUUAUUUGUAAAAAGUACACUAGUUUUUUAGUAGAUUUAUAUGUUGAGUUUCCUGAGUUUUAAAGGGCAAUAGUCAUAAUUUAGUCAUUUAAUUUAAAGGGCAAAAAGUCAUAAUUUCUCCGUUGAUGUCAUCCUAUGGUUGCUUCCUCACUUCUGAUGGUGCAAAGUGGUCCAUCCCUCACCUUUGCUCCAUGAAAAAGUCACUGAAGUUGCUGUAGAGAUAGAUAAAGAUGUACUAGAGGAAUAUUGGAACCUGUUUCAAACCUUUUCUCAUCCCUGCUAUGUUCAGUCCAGCUACUACAUUUUCCGUCAUAGCACCUUCCUACUGAGCCCUUUCAGUCUUUCAGGCCCUGCUUCCUCACCUGCCAAUUCCAAAGGUACCCGACCAAAUGACUGCUGGGCAGUGAAGGCUGAAAUCUGUUUCUUCCACUGUUCCUAAUUACUUUCAUUUCUUUUUUUAAAUUCCAUCUUCAUUUCCUAAAGCCCAUCUCCAUCUACUUGGUAUCUUUUCUAUUUUGGCCUCCAGAUGUCUUCAGUGUUUAUAUUUCUGUUCCUGUUGUACAAAGCCAGACGCUUCUCCUAUCUGACUUCUCAACAUCUGUGACUCUUUUUCAUUUUUCCACCCAGUUCUUUUUCUUUUACAAAGUCUGUAUCACUCUCCAUCUGUUCAUCCAGCUUUUCCCCCAGGCUGGUUUUAUUUUCUACUGAUGUGAAGUUCUCUUAAACAGUCCGUGGUCUACCCUUACUCCUUUUUCCUUUCUGUCCCCAGUCCUGGCCCUUGGCAGAGUUUCCUUUUCCUUUGCUAACUUCUGACUUCAGUCACUUCUAAGACUCAUGGCUAGCAUACUAUUCUCCACCCCUAACACACAUGUACCUUACUGUUCUCCAUUGUCUGAGCUUGCUGACGUGCCAGAAUCAUGAUUUUUUUACUGGGCUUUCUAUAUGCCCAUCUGGAUGUGAUGUGCCUUGCAGUACCAAAAUCUUGAGACUGCAAGGCAUUCAGCUCAGCCUGAUGUGGGAGAAUGCCUAGGGCUUUUAGAAAAUUCUUGGAUCUAGUUUGUAAUUUCUCCUUCAGAAAAUAAAAUAUACAGACAGUAAAAAAAAAAUAAAUUAAAAUAUAAAUGCUGGAGAAUUCAGGCAAUGCAGAAUCAUAGGCAGGCAAGCUAAAUGAACUCUCAACAGACUGAGAGCAGUUGUUUGAAACACCUAUCUGUCAAAUCAAUACUUCAAAGGCAGAGUUCCCACCUUUCCUGAGGUGUGUGAGUCUUUGCCUUUCUGCCGAAAAUUCUUCCUCCAGUAAUCCCACUUUCCUUCCAAUAGCUUAGGUUUUAAAUUUCUCCAAAGAGUAAGAAUGUAGUUACAGAAAAGAGCGUCACCCGGCCUGUUGGAAACAUUUUUGCUUCACGAUUUUAAAGCGGAGUCAGGCCUCUUUAUUGCUGAGCAAACGGUCUAAAAGAGAGCACUUUUCUGUGAAGAAUCGAGGCUUUAGCACACUGUGCGUCCUCCCUGGAGGAUGUAAGCAUUUUCCUAUUGGUGCUUUUUAUGGCACACGUUAUGUAUUGACACAGAUUAAGUUUCCCUCCUGUCUGGAACAAUGCACGCUCGGGAGGGCUACUGACCUAGCAGUAAGCGUGAAUCAGCUCAUGGCAAGUGGUGGAGCGGAGCUCCGGGAGCUGCAGGCAGAGCACUCCAUUCAGCUCUGCCAUUCUGCCUCUCUCCUCCUACCACUCCUCCUCUCCCGCUCUCUUUUUCCUUCCCCUCUGUAGCUGCUAGGCUUUCUCCAGACCUCUUGGCUUUGUUGCGCUGCACGUCUGAGUAGCAGGAGGGGGAUUGGCUGAACGCCGGCUCGGGGAGCGCUUCCCCGCAGCUCACGCCAACCCACCCAGCCCCGGCAGGGUCAGGAAAGCGAGCGGGGCCGAUGGAGCCGGAGAGGCGGCACUGAAGGCAGGCAGGCUGGCAGCUCGCUGAAGGCAGGCUUGCUUGCAGCACGCUGAAGGCAGGCUGGCAGUUCGCUGAAGGCAGGUUCGCAGCUCGCUGAGGGCAGGCUUGCUGAGGGCAGGCUGGCAGCACGCUGAAGGCAGGUUCGCAGCUCGCUGAGGGCAGGCUUGCUGGCGGCACGCUGAAGGCAGGCUUGCUGAGGGCAGGCUGGCAGCACGCUGAAGGCAGGCAGGCUGGCAGCUCGCUGAGGGCAGCCUUGCAGCUCGCGGCUGGGGAGGUGCCGGCCGCCGGGCGAGCCCCUAACAGCUUGCGCGCCGCUGAGCGCAGGUCGGCGCCCGGGCCACGAUGGAGCGCUGCCGCUGGACAGCCGCCGGCACCCUGCUUCUGGCUGCCCUCCUCCUGAGCUCCAGAACAGCUCGCUCUGAGGAGGACCGGGACUCGCUGUGGGAUGCGUGGGGCUCGUGGAGCGAAUGCUCGCGCACCUGCGGAGGAGGGGCCUCGUACUCACUGCGACGCUGCCUGAGCAGCAAGACCUGUGAAGGGCGAAACAUCCGGUACAGGACGUGCAGCAAUGUGGACUGCCCACCAGAAGCAGGUGAUUUUCGUGCCCAGCAGUGCUCUGCUCACAACGAUGUCAAGUACCAAGGGCAGUUGUAUGAGUGGCUCCCCGUCUCUAAUGACCCUGACAACCCGUGCUCACUCAAGUGCCAAGCCAGAGGAACGGCUCUGGUUGUGGAGCUGGCGCCAAAAGUUCUGGAUGGGACACGGUGCUACACUGAAUCCCUGGACAUGUGCAUCAGUGGUUUGUGCCAAAUUGUUGGCUGUGACCACCAGCUGGGAAGUGCUGUCAAGGAAGAUAACUGUGGGGUCUGCAAUGGAGAUGGGUCCACCUGCCGGCUGGUUCGAGGCCAGUAUAAGUCCCAGCUCUCUGCAAGUAAACUGGAUGAUACAGUGGUUGCUAUUCCCUAUGGAAGUAGACAAAUUCGCCUCGUGCUGAAAGGACCUGAUCAUUUAUAUUUGGAAAUUAAGACUCUCCAAGGUGUGAAGAGUGAAAACAGCCUCAGCACCACUGGCUCCUUCCUUGUAGAAAAUUCUAGCAUUGAUUUCCAGAAGUUUCCUGACAAGGAGAUCUUAAGAAUAUCUGGACCUCUCACUGCAGACUUUACUAUCAAGGUCCAUUAUGCUGGUGCUGCUGACAGUUCAGUCCAGUUCAUCUUCUACCAGCCGAUCAUUCACAGAUGGAGGGAAACGGAUUUUUUCCCUUGUUCAGCAUCCUGUGGUGGAGGUUAUCAACUGACAUCUGCUGAGUGCUUUGAUCUGAGAAGCAAUCGGGUAGUAGCAGAUCAAUACUGUCACUAUUAUCCUGAAAAUAUCAAGCCAAAGCCAAAACUUCAAGAGUGUAAUCUGGAUCCUUGUCCUGCAAGUGAUGGAUACAAGCAGAUCAUGCCCUAUGACCUCUACCAUCCCCUUCCUCGAUGGGAAAGUACACCCUGGACUGCCUGUUCCUCGUCCUGUGGAGGGGGCAUUCAAAGCCGCAGUGUCUCCUGUGUGGAAGAAGACAUUCAGGGGCACAUCAGCCCCGUGGAAGAAUGGAAAUGCAUGUAUACUCCAAAGAUGCCUGUUGUCCAGCCUUGCAAUAUAUUUGACUGUCCAAAGUGGCUUGCUCAGGAGUGGUCCCCGUGCACUGUGACCUGUGGACAAGGACUCAGAUACCGUGUGGUCCUCUGCAUUGACCACAGGGGGAUGCAUACAGGAGGCUGUAGUGCUAAAACAAAGCCACACAUAAAAGAAGAAUGUGUCGUACCCACUCCUUGCUACAAGCCCAAAGAGAAACUUCCCGUGGAAGCAAAGUUGCCGUGGUAUAAGCAGGCUCAAGAGCUGGAGGAAGGAACAGCUGUAUCUGAAGAACCCUCGUUUAUUCCUGAGGCUUGGUCCACCUGCAGUGUCACCUGCGGAGUAGGCAGCCAGAUGCGGCUUGUGAAAUGCCAAGUGCUCCUCUCUUUCUCUCAGUCUGUGGCUGAUCUGCCCAUGGAUGAGUGUGAAGGUCCCAAACCCGUGUCUCACAGAGCCUGCUACACUGGUCCUUGCAGCGGGGAGGCAGCGGAAUACACGCCAGAGGAGACUCAGCUUUUGUCUGGCAGCCUGCAGGAGCUCGAUGAGCUCCAUGACUGGGAGUAUGAAGGCUUUACAGAGUGCUCAGAGUCCUGUGGAGGAGGUGUCCAGGAGGCUGUGGUGACCUGUCUGAACAAACAAACUAGGGAGAUUGCAGAUGAAACACUGUGUGUUAGCAGCCGUCGUCCUCCACAGCUGCUGAAGUCCUGUAGCCUGGACCCCUGCCCCCCAAGAUGGGAGAUUGGGAACUGGAGCACUUGCAGUCUUACCUGUGGGGUUGGUUUGCAGACACGAGAUGUCUUCUGUUCUCAUCUGCUAUCAAGAGAGACCAAUGAGACUGUGAUUUUGGCAGAUGAAUUGUGCUCUACACCCAAGCCAUCCCUUGUGCAAGCCUGUAAUCGCUUUGACUGCCCACCCUCCUGGUAUCCUACAGAAUGGCAAGAGUGUUCACAGACCUGUGGUGGUGGUGUCCAGAAGCGAGAUACACUUUGUAAGCAGCGCCUGGCCGAUGGGAGCCUGUUAGAGCUGCCAGAAACCUUCUGCCCCACGCCAAGGACCAUUACACAACAAGCCUGCAAAAAUGAGGAUUGUCCCAAUGAAUGGCUUCUCUCUGACUGGACACAGUGCUCAGUGAGCUGUGGAGAAGGCACACAGAGUCGAAAUGCUAUUUGCAGAAAGAUGCUGAAAACUGGGGGCUUUGUUAUCAUCAAUUCCUCACUCUGCCUCCCUUUGCCAUUCUCAUCCUUGAUCAGGCCCUGUUCACUAGGCCCCUGUGCACGGCACAACAGACCAGCUCAUAAGCAAAGCCCCUAUAUAAUGGCUGUAAAGCAAGUUUACAUCCAGACAAGGAAGCAGAAGAAACUGCACUUCAUUGUGGGUGGAUAUGCCUACCUGCUGCCCAAAACUUCUGUUAUUCUCCGAUGCCCUACCAGGAGAUUCCGGAAAUCAAUGAUCACUUGGGAGAAGGAUGAUAAGAGGCUUGUCAGUUCAGCUCACAUCACCAUCGCACCCUUCGGGUACAUGAAAAUCCAUCAUCUGAAACCUUCAGACACUGGGACAUACACCUGCACAGCAGGGCCAGCCCGGGAGCAUUUCAUAAUUAAACUGAUUGGAAGCAACAAAAAGAUCAUUGCUGAGCAGCCAGCUGGUAUUAGGGAGGAAGAGGCCAUGAGAAAGGCCGGCUUAAACGAUGCCUUGAGAACAGAGGAUAAAUAUCUCAAUGGGAUUUUCUUCAAUGGCAGCAAGGCUGAAAAGCGAGGGCACCUUGCUAACCCCAGCAGAUGGUAUGACAAUAUUGUCUCGAGGCUGCUACAGCUCAAGGGCUGGCCAGUGGAAAGUCUGGAGUCCUGGGAAGCCCAGGAGUCUGUGGAGAGAAAUGCAUCCUCAGAACAGGACCAGAGCCAGGAGCAUAGCUUGCCAUUUACUAUGGUCACAGAGCAGAAACGCUUGGAUGAUAUCAUAAGAAAUUUGUCUCGACAGCCUGAGGAGCUUAAAGAUAUCUACACUGAAUAUCUUUUUAUGCACCUGGCUCAUGAGGCUUUCAGGAGCUACUUGGACCAUCAGGAAUCUGUCCUCAAAGCACCAAGGCGAAAAGUUGAUUCUGCCUCAGUGGAGUACCCUUUCCACAGACGUGUUUCUGGAUUUACCAGCUCCCUGAGGACAUCAUCUGCUGAAACAUUUAUUCCCACUUCUGUAGACCUGGCCAAUCAUUUGCACAGGCCUCAUCAGAAGCCUGCCAUCCUCCGAAAGAUUUCAGCAGCACAACAACUUUCUGCUUCAGAGGUUGUCACCCACCUGGGACAGACAGUGGUCCUAGCAAGUGGCACAUUGAGUGUGCUGCUUCACUGUGAAGCAGUGGGAAACCCAAAGCCCACCAUCAGCUGGGCUAAGAAUGGAGAGGAAGUGAAAUACAAUGAUAGGUUGCUCCUUCAGCCUGAUGACUCUUUGCAGAUUCUAGCGCCUGUGGAAGCUGAUGUGGGUUUCUAUGCUUGCAAUGCAUCCAAUGCCCUAGGAUCUGACUCUGUCUCCAUUGCUGUCACAUUAGCAGGAAAGCCACUGAUAAAGACAUCAAGAGCUACCAUGAUCAACACUGAAUCACCUGCUGUCACUGUUGAUAUUGGAAGCAUGCUGAAAACAAUCCAGAAAGCAAAUGUUAGCAUUAACUGCCAGGUUGCAGGUGUUCCUGAAGCAAAAGUUACUUGGUUUAAGAACAAGGUCAAGCUGUCCUCUACUUACCAUCUGCAUAAUGGUUUGCUGUUAAUAGCAAAUGUUUCUCUAUCAGAUCAAGGGUUAUACUCCUGCAAGGCAUCCAAUCCCCACGGGGAAGUAACUGAAAGCUCCCAGCUGUUGGUUCUUGAGCCUCCACGACCUCUUCCUUACCUAGAAGACUUGACAGCAGUGCUUAGCAGUGCUGGGCCCAGCACCCAUUCAGUGCUGACUUCUCCUUCAGGAACAAAACUGACUGUCAGUCCAGGGAGCUCUGCUCUAAUAGGUUGUGCUGUCGAUGGGCAUCCAACCCCAAACAUCACCUGGCUUUACUCUGGUGAGCCUCUCAGCCUGCGACAUCAACUCCUGGCAGCAGGCCGGAUUCUCCAUAUCCUCAAUGUCAAUGAUUUCACCGAUGGUGAAUUCAGCUGCCUUGCUCAGAAUGAGGCUGGCUCGCUCACACAAGUAAUGACCCUGGCUAUACAAGAGUACCGGUGGUCGGUGGACAGACUGACGCCUUGUUCGGCUUCCUGCGGCCACAGAGGGCUGCAGCUGCCCCAGCUGAGGUGCCUGCUGGAUGGGGCUGAGGUCAACACAUCCUACUGCAGAGAGACCCCCCAGCCAUCUCUGCAGCCCCUCCCGUGCAACAGGAGAGACUGCCCUUCACGGUGGAUGGUGACAUCCUGGUCUCCUUGCACACGGAGCUGCGGGGGAGGCCUGCAGACACGGCGAGUGACGUGCCAGCGCCUGACAGCCAAAGGCAGCUCCAUCCCAGUGUCGAACGAGGCCUGUGCCCAGGCGUCCAAGCGCCCUGUGGACACACAGAGCUGCAACAGGCAGCCCUGUGUCGAGUGGGCAGCCUCCUCCUGGGGCCAGUGUAAUGGGCCUUGCAUUGGACCACGACUGGCUGUACAGCACCGGCAGAUAUUUUGCCAGACCAAGGAUGGGACUUCUGUGUCAUCUGAUCAAUGCAGUUCCUUACCAAGGCCAUUGAGCACCCAGAACUGCUGGACAGAUGCCUGUGGCGUGCACUGGAGGGUCAGCCUCUGGACCGUCUGCACGGCCACGUGCGGCAACUACGGCUUCCAGUCGCGGCGCGUGGACUGCGUGCACGUCCGCACCAGCAGGCCCGUCAUGGAGCACCACUGCUCCUGGAGGCCCCGACCAGCAAACUGGCAGCGCUGCAACAUCACACCCUGUGAAAACGUGGAAUGCAGAGACACCACAAGGUACUGUGAGAAAGUGAAGCAGCUCAAACUCUGCCAGCUCACCCAAUUUAAGUCACGUUGCUGUGGGACUUGUGGAAAAUCUUGAAGACAGAUGAGAUGAAAAUGGAGGAACAAGGGGAUCACAGCCUUUUCUUCACUGAGCAAAGGCUUUUGCAGAAAAUACAGAUGGAUGGAAUGAUCUUUUUCAUUUUAUUUAUUUAUUUCCCUUUAAAAAAAAAAAAAAACUUUAACAAAUCAUUGUUGUAAAGGGACUUGACAAGUUUUCCCUACUAUGAAUCUGGGAGACAGAAUGCAGAUAGACAUGGUCAUGAGGGUAGACCACAGAGUCAGAGAGACCCAUGACACCAAGAAAUGGGUAUGAGAGGAGUGGGGCUUCCCCUCAAUCUGUGUACAUGCCUGCAGGACACGCCAAGAGAUAGGAGAGGAAAAGGAUCACUGUCAAAACCUAGCAUCAUAUUACAGAAUCACAGAAUCAUGAAGGUCCAGGGAGACCUUCAAGUUUAUCUAGUCCAGCCAAUAACAGCACUACCAUACCCACCCCUAAACUAUCCCUGGGUGCCACAUCCAGACUCUUCUUGGACACUGCUGGAGAUGGUGACUCCACCACCUCCCUGGACAACUUAAUCCAAUGCCCAGACAGUUUUUCAGUGAAUUUUUUUUUUAAAAUAUCUAGUCUGAGCCUCCCCUUCUCAAUUUGAGGCCAUUUCUCCUCAUCCUAGUGUUUGAAACAUGGCAGAAGAGGCUGACCCCCACCUCAUUAUAACUUCCUUUCAGGCAGAUGUAGAGAGCCACGUGGUCACCCCUGAGCCUCCUCCCAGCUAAACAGCCCCAGCUGCCUCAGUUUUAACUUAUGGGAUGUGUCUUUUAGAUCUUUCACCAGCUCCAUAGCCCUUCUCUGGAUAUGCUCCAGCGCCUCAAUGUCUGUCCUGCAGUGAGGGCACCAGAACUGAGCACAGGAUCUGAGGUGUGGCCUCACCAGCGCUGAGUACAGGGGGACAAUCCCUGCCCUGCUCCUGCUGGCCACACUGCUGCUGAUACAGGUCAGGAUGCCAUUGGCAACCUUGGCCACCUGGGCACUGCUGGCUCACAUUUACUCAGGUGUUGACCAGCACCCCCAGGUCUCUUUAUGCUGAGCAGCUCUCAUCCCUCUUAGAUUACCUUGAGAACACAAGCACGUGAGUUUGCUUUAUAAACUUACUUGUUACAUCCAAGAUUGGAAGCCUUUUUAAUUUCUAAACAUCUCUCUCCUUCCUACACCAGGCAAGGGACAUCCUUGUGAUCUUUGAGGAUCUGGUGUCUGGAGAAGUUGAACAAUGUUCUGUAACAAAAGUGGGUCUGAGAUAUGCCUGAAAGUGUUUCCAGUUUGAGCUUGUGAGGGAGGAUUGGGGACUUAAGGGUUGUGCUCAGCACAGAGGUGUGGUGGUGAUGUAAAUAAUUAACCAGCAAAAGGAGAACAAGUAUGACGACAGACUUAAGUACAGACCUGCAAACACUGUUCCCUAGAGAGCAUAGGCAGGAAAGAAAGAAAUUAUAUGUGAUAAACAAGAGACACUUUGCAUACUGCAUCCUACUAACACUUAUUUAGAAAAAAGGUCCUUUACUUCCCAAAGUUCUGGUACUUUCACACCUGGGGUUUUGGAAAAGAACUUGAAGUGGGUCUUUCUAUUUUGUUAACAUGAAAUUUCUCUUUCCUGGCAGCCAGGCCUUUUGGAUAACUGGUAGGAAAAGAACUUUAUUCUGAAUUUUCAUGGUUGUUACUACUCAGUUGAAACAGAAUCACUUUAGCAUCAGCCCCAUUGGACUAAUGCAAAUAAUUUUUAAGAAAUUUGCUCCUCUCCCGUUGCCUCCCACAACAAAACGAGUGCUAUAAAGCAGGUCUUUAAGUCCAUGUAUAACACCCUGAAGGUACAGUCUAAAAAAUGAGACUCAAACAUCACACUCACAGCAUGAUUUUGCAUGCAGGCCAUGAGUCUUUCUUCCUAGCCGGCUGCAGUGGGUAUUCAGCUGGUGAAGUGCUACAUGAUAUUAGUUCCUGGACAUUCUCUGCUCUGCUCAGAAAAAAAUAAAAUAAAAUUAGAGGAAAUCUACAAAGAAUAGAGUUUGAGAAUUGUGGAACUUUAGAGGAGACCUACCUGAUCUCAGGUUUUGCUUCAAGACCUUCUCUAAAUGAAAGAUUGGGUUGUGCCUCUCCUGUAACUCCUGUUGGGGCUAGUGCCUUGUGGUGUAUUUAUGAAAUGCUGUUCAAGUACUGCUGUGUGCAGCUUUCAUGGUAUGUGGAUUUAUCAGUAAAACUGGGGAUCCAUUAUUGAGGUCAGUGUCAGGUUCAUGACAUUAAUUGUCUCAAAUUGGCUUACUUCAAAACAUAUCUGGGAGUGAACAGUCUUGGUAGAAAUGGGUCUUCAAAAAUAAGUAUCAGUGCAACUUUUUAUUUAAAAAAAAAGGAAUUACUUUCUGUAUAUGUAAAUGUAUAUCUUUUCUGUAUAUUUAUUAGGAUUUCUUGUAUAAAAAGUGCAAUAUAAUAAUUGUACAUUAUUUUGUCCAGAUAAAACUAUUUUGUUUUUUAAUCUCCCCAGAAUUUUGUUCCUCUAAAAUCAACAGUAAUAGUGUAUUUCUCUUAAUUUUAAUAUCACUUGCAUUUAAUUGGGGAUCUGCUUCACUGUGCACAGAGUGCUUUAUAGAUUAUGACAUGAGGGAGGGGUGAUGUUUUUAACUUGUGAAAUUAUAAUUAUGCAUGGAAUGAAGGACAAUUCCUUAAUAACAUAAUAAUAGCAAUGAUGAUGAUGACGAUGUGAUGGAUAUUUUUGAUACAUUAGUUAACAAAAUGCAGCAUGAGGAAGGAUUUUCUUUUGUGUAAAAGCAGAAUAUGUUCAAGCUAUCACAUGUUCCAUUGUAUCUGUGUAACUGUGCACAGGAUAAACACAAGGGAUCUGAUCUGGUGGGGCCACUGUGUUGUCUCUGCACAGUGUGGACUUAAUUUCACAUGUCUGUCUUCUGAAUUGUGACUUGGCAGCAUCUCAGUAAUAUAAGGAUUAUGGUUGUUUUUUAAAA